AUGUUCGGACGAUCGGUCCGCACAGUUUCGUCAAUGCUACUACCGCAACACAACUGUACAUCAGCAGCAGAACCGAAAGCAGAUGAGCAAAACAAGCGUUUCAACAAGAAGCAUGGAGCGAUUUCGAGGCAGUUUGUUCCGGGUGAUGCUGUAUAUGCUCAAGUCCAUCAAGCAAAUUCCUGGAAAUGGCAGGCUGCCACAGUAAUCGAGCGUGUCGGAAAAGUCAACUACAACGUUUUCCUGCAGGAUAAUCAGUGGCUCAUCCGUUCUCAUGCCAAUCAAUUGAAGCAACGUGCGGUCGAAUCUGGUCCAGAUCUUAGUCCAAGCCAAGGUCCUAGUCUGUUAUCGGUAUUCUUCGACGGUUUUGGCCUAGACGUACCAUCCGUUUCAGCAGCAAUACCGGCUGCAGUGCCCGACGAACUUGGUCCAGUUGAUGAAGAGCUUGGAAGUGAUGAGGCGGAGUAUUUUUCGGAUGAUAGUGAGGCAGACAAUCCACCACAGCAAGAUCCAGUACCAGUUCCGCCAGCAACAAGGGAACGCCGGCAGACUCGUUUACCAGCUAGAUUCGAGGAGUACUGGAUGAAUUAA